AUGGUUAAAUUAUAUGGGGAAUAAGAUAAAAAAAAAGACUUUUAUUUUCUUAAAAAAUUUCUUUGUUUUUUUUUUAGUGUAAAAAAUCAAGUUAAAAAUUAAGGAAUUUUCUCGUUUCUUAAAAAGUUGAAAAAAUCAACAAAAAAUUAUUAAAAAGUUAAUUUUUUUCUAAAAAAGCUGACAAAUUUUCAAAAAAAGUUAAAAAUUUCAAAUUUUAAAUAAAAUUUUACUUUUUAGAAAAAAAAUCUUUUUAAAAAAUACAAAUUUUUUCGUUUAUUUUUUCUUGAAUUUUCAUUAAAAAAAUAUAAACUGAAUUUUUCUCGUUUAAAUCUUUUCCAAAAAAGUCCAUAUUUUAAAAAAAAAACACCAAAAUUCUUCAUUUUUUUCAACUUUUUUUUUCAAUAUUUCCAUUAAAAUUUCAUUUAACUUUAUUUCAUUCAUUUUUUAUAUUUAAAUUGUCCUUUUUAAUAAAUUCAAUAUUUUAUCCUUCUCAAGAUUUUCAAUCAAUUUAACCUCUGUCUAUAGCUUUUAAAAUAUAGCCAAAACUUACACUUCUUUGAGAUCUUUUUCUAUUUUCUCAAUCAAAAAUACAUUGUUUUUACUCUAAUUUAUCUCCUAAACAUCUUCGAAAAUCUACAAAAGUUCCCCUUUUGGGAAAAAAGGAUCCAAAUUAAUAAUUAAGAGAUUAAAUUCAACCAAAAGAGCAUAAAAGACGUCUAAAUUCUAACUUUAAACUGAGAAACUUGACCUAAUCUAGUUUAAUUCUGAUAAUAGUAUUUUAAAAAAAUCUAAAGGAAUUUAUUAAUCGUGAUUUUUUUUUAGAACGAUAUUAU